AAAUCUCUCAUCUCUGAAUUGAAAAAGCGGAGUUUAGGGUUUUUCAGCAGCCGGCAUUUUCCCCUCCGCCUCACACCUCACAGUACCUUCGCUGCAGUCCAGAGCCCUCUUCUCUCAGCCGCCAUGGGGAAAACACGUGGAAUGGGAGCUGCUCGUAAGCUCAAGACCCACCGCAGGAAUCAGAGGUGGGCUGACAAGUCGUACAAGAAGUCCCACCUUGGGAAUGAAUGGAAAAAGCCAUUUUCUGGUUCAUCUCAUGCCAAAGGCAUUGUCCUAGAAAAGAUUGGUAUUGAGGCUAAGCAGCCUAACUCUGCUAUUAGAAAAUGUGCUCGUGUUCAGCUGAUCAAAAAUGGAAAGAAGAUUGCUGCUUUUGUACCCAACGAUGGUUGCUUAAACUACAUUGAGGAAAAUGAUGAGGUGUUGAUUGCUGGAUUCGGACGGAAGGGGCAUGCAGUGGGAGAUAUUCCCGGAGUCAGGUUCAAGGUUGUGAAGGUAUCUGGUGUCUCUCUGUUGGCCCUCUUCAAGGAGAAGAAGGAAAAGCCAAGGUCUUAAGCUUAUCGAGGGAGCUCGUCUAUGCCUUAAGUCUCUGUCGUGGUAGCGUUGUUUCCCAUUUAGAUGAUAGUUAGUAACAACUUAUCGGUUACUCAAUUCUGGAUGUGUCCAACUGAAACAAAAUUUUGGAAAUGUAGGACUAACAAAAGUUGAUUUGGAUUUAAUCUAUGGUUUGUGAUCACAAUGUUUGCAUGAUAAGAUUCAUAAGGAUGUCUAUCAUCUGUUCGUAAA